AUGGGAGUGGAUUACCCAGGAGCAAAGCAUCUGGUGCACUUUGCUCUGAAGCUCAUGGAGUUGAGGGGAGGGCCCUCUUUGAGGCAGAAGCUUUCAGAAUUCCCUGUGAAGGAGAAAGAAAAGCUGGCUGAAGCUGAGAUCAGGAGACUGCAGAAACAGUUUCAGAUAGCGGUGCAGAAGAGGAAGUCUUAUGGUGCCAACAUGAAGCAGCAAAUGCAGGCUCAGGAAAAAGAAAUAGAGUCGCUGACUCAAGAACACAAAGAGGUGUCAUUAACCCUGAGCCAGAUCAUGUCCCCGAGAAAUGCGAUGCUGGAUGACAGAAAUUGUAUGGAGCUCCAAUGCCUUUUGCAGACCAAAUAUCAGUAUGAUUCUCUGAUUAGAGACAGAAAAGCCCUCUUAGCUGACCUGGACAACCAGAUACUAGAGCUUGAAAAAAAGAUUGUGAGGCAAAACCAGAUAGCAGUGAAGGUGAAGCAAGCGAACUGUAGCAAACGGCUGCAAAAGCAGAUUGAGACACUGGAAAUGCGUCUAAACAACGUCACUGUCCAUUUCGAUACCAUCCUGACCAGAAAUAACAAGCUCCGAGAAGAGAUUAAAAACCUGCGAAUCCAGAAAGCCAUUUUGGACAACUUCUACUUGAAGCUCCAUAGGAAGCUGGAUCAGCAGAGGAGAAGGAUGAACACUGCUGUUGAGCAAACCGCACAAGCCUACGAGCAGCGGAUGGAAGCUCUGGCAAGGAUUUCAGCCAUGAACGAAAGACACAGCAAAGACACUGUCCAGUACAAUGUCGAGCUGCAGGAGCAGGAGCGUGUCCUUGACCAGGAGACCAAACUGAAAACCUUUGUGCUCGCCAAAUUUACAGACCGCUCUGAAUUGGAGGAAGAGGCCAAAAAGAAAAAAGCCUUGAAGGUAGCCCAGAGGGCAAAACGGAGCCAAGGGGAGAGCUUUGAGAGCCAGGAGGUGGCUUACAAGCGUCUGCUGGAGCUGGCGGAGGACGGGGACAUUGACCGGCUGGUGAAUGGCUAUAUUGAAAAGGAGGAGAAGAACUUUGCCUGCUUCAGCUACGCCACCGAGCUGAACAACGAGAUGGAGAAGAUGCAACGGAGGAUCAAGGACCUCCAGAACGAAAUUACGGCCCUCAUGAUGGACCAGGAAGAUGCAGAGAACAGCAGCCUUCAUGUGCUGAAGGAGCUGGAGGAAAAACUAAUGGAAACCACUGAGGAAGCCAACCGGUACGAAGACAAAUGCAAAGAGAGCAGCAAAGUUCUGGGCCAGCUCAAAACCAACAUGGAGCUCCUGUUCAGAGAAAUCAACUGUGAUGCUACAAAGAUAAUGAAGCAGCUCGGAGAAAACGGGCAGAUCACAGAUCUGAACCUGAUGCAGUUUUUUGGUCUCGUGGAGAAGAAGGCCAACGAGCUCCUGCUGAUGGAGUCCAUCCUGCGCUACACGUCGGCUAAUGACUCGCAUCCGGCCCAGCCCUUCACCAACCCACUGCUGGAUGGCACCAGACUCCUCCGGCCGAUGGAUCGGGCCCAGCUCUGCCCGCCACCCCCCACUCUGGACAGCACCACCGACGCCAUCGACGCCUUGGAAGUGCCACUGGACCACGGUCAGCUGCGCCAGCUGAUUCUCCAGAGCCGUGAGAAGGAGCGGGGCAACGCCACCGGCACGGGCAAGAAGGGGAGAAAUGGCGUUAAGGUGUGAACGCCCAGCGGGGAUGAAUUAAAUAAACAGUUUCACUCUUGA